AUGCCGACCAUUAGCAGCACCAAUCCCGAGUUCAUCGAAGCAGAGCCCUUGCUGAGUCUUGAAGAUGAGCAGGCAGCCGAUGCUAUCUACCAUCAACACACACGCUCAAAGCCAGAACAGCAGCCCCCACAAUGGCACAGAAUCAUAGCGCGUUUCCAGGUCCAAAGCUCCGGUAGCAUCAUCUUGCUGCUCUCCCUGCUCACGUUUGCCAUUGUCACCAGCGGCAUGAUGUACAUGAUUCCGAUGUUCCGUCUUCUCGAAGAUGCUUUUUGCCAUCUUUAUUACGACAAAGACCCUUCCGAGCCUAUCGACGAGCACAUGUGCAAAGUCGACGGCGUGCAGAAGGAGCUUGCUUUGCUUGGUGGUAUCUCAGCCAUGAUCAAUUCGCUGGUUGGUGUUGUGGCGGCUUUGCCAUAUGGUGUUCUCGCCGAUCGAAUUGGCCGUAAGCCUACAUUUGCCCUCGCCUAUGUUGGCAUCGUCAUUGGAUUUGGAUGGGGGCCACUCUUAUUGUUUUUUGGGGUGGCACCCAACAUGUACCUCGUUGUGAUGGGCUGUCUGUUCUUUCUAAUCGGCGGAGGCGUCCCCGUCGCCAUGAACUCGCUCAAUGCAAUGGCAUCCGACGUCAGUACAGAAACUACUGGCUUCUUAUAUCUUUCCUUUGGCGCUGUGUCAGGAACCUUGGUAGGCCCGUUCCUGGCCGGAAUUCUCAUGCAAACCAUCGGUCCUUGGUGUCCCAUUGCCCUCGUCUUUGCUCUCACUCCCUUCAUCUUCGGCGCCUUGCUCUUCCUUCCCGAAACCUUGCCCGUCCAGCUGAAAGAAGCGGCACAGCGAGGACGACAGUCACUCCCGAAAAAGCUCCGACACGCGAUGAACGAGUUUGGGGUUUCUUUGUCCCUGCUGAAGAAUAGGCAGCUGUUGAGCUCUUUGGCACUCUUCCUCAUACAGCCUGCCAUCUUUGCUGCAUAUUCGACAACCCUUGCCCAGCAUGUCAGUAAAUACUUUGGCUGGACGCUGGCCGAGACCAGUUACCUGCUUACGCCCCCACUGGGCAUCCUUCACUUGGUUGUCCUGGUUGUGCUGCCUCGUGUAGGAAAGCUGAUUACCGAUCCGACGGGCAGAUAUGGGGUUUCCAUCUUCACAAAGGAUCUCGUGCUGACAAGGGUGUCACUGGCUCUCAUGGCGACAGGAGCUCUCGUCCAGGGGUUCAGCACAGGAAUAGCAGUGUUCCUCAUUGGCCUGACCAUUCAUACCCUUGGGUCGGGCAGCGCGCCACUUGGCCGGGCUAUUUCGACGGCUUAUGUUGACCCCCAGCACACGUCGAGGCUGUACGCCGUGAUUAGCAUGCUCGAGACUGGCGGCGCGCUGAUAGGCGGACCAGUACUAGCUUGGUGCUUCAAUGUAGGCAUGAAAAAGUCGGGAUUCUGGAUCGGGCUGCCGUGGUUUUAUGUCGCUAGUCUUGUCGCUGUUGCUAUCGGGGCACUGAUGUUUGUCACCAAACCAAGCAUGGAGCUGAGCUCGGGAGUGCCCGAAGAGACUAGAGGUUUGCAUUAUCAUUCUGCUGGCGAGGAAGAGUGUUAG